AAUUCUUUAUCUAGGUAAUAUAAUUUCACUGAAAUAAAUGUACGUAAAACUUUACCACUUUGCCAAGUAAUCAGGCUCAUCCAAAUAGCCCUGAUAUUAUUCGACCUCUAUUUCGCUAUUAAACCAUUUAGUUUUAUGUAAUAAAUAAAUAAAUGCUUGUGCGUAAAAUUACAACCCUGUAAAUGAUGCGAUAAAACAUAAAGUAAUCUUAACGAGUUUCUGCUUAUUAUAGUCGGCUUUUUGGAAAUUUUGACAAUUUUUCGAAGUAAUUUGUGAAAUUCUACUUUGUUCGCUGCGUUAAGUAAAACUUGACAAUGUCUGAAUCAAAAACACCUGAGAAAAAUUUUGUUGGAAAGCCUCCUGUUUUUCACCAUCAAAACAGCCAUAGCCCUAAUUCCACAUUGCAACUGCCAAGCCCAAUUAUAACAAAACGCACACGCACUGCUUCUACUUCUGCUCGGGCUUUGGAAAACCCAAUCGAAAGAGGAAUUGUGAAAUCUUUUAGUCGUUCUAAAGGACAUGGUUUCAUAACACCUAGCGAAGGUGGAGACGAUUUAUUUUGCCAUGUAUCUGAUGUUGAAGGAGAAUAUGUACCACUGCCAGGCGAUGAAGUCAAAUACCGUCUGUGUGCUAUACCUCCUAAAUACGAAAAGCAUCAAGCCGUGCAUGUUCAGAUUAUAAAUUUAACACCAGAAGUGCACCACAAAUGGGAAGAGCCAAUUUAUCCAGAAUCGCCUGCUAAGUAAAGUUUGUAUAUGUUAUAAUAAACUCGAAAAUGAUUGAAACGAGUAAAAAAAUAUUCUCGGUUGCUGGAUGCAAAUAAAUAAACUGUGGAGCACCGAACUAAAUAAACGUUUUUUUAUAUAUAUAUUGAAAUAGAAAUGCGAUAUAAUUUCUGGUACUAAAAAUACAAGAAAAUAGCCAUUUAAUGAAUUCUUAUUAAAACUAAUAAAAAUAAACAGUUUACAAGGCUGUAUUCGUUUUUUGAUAUUAAUUAGUAACAAAAUUUGAUAUGCUUUAACCAUAUGUGAAACUGUAACCAGUUAAUGUAAUUGCUGGAAUUAACUAUAAUUGAAUAUU